CAAUGCACGGGUGUAGUGUUGGCUGCUAUGCCAAAAAUGUCUGCCAUAUACGAAUCCUUGAAUUUUGUUGAAAACAGUAAUCGGAUAUUUCCUUUUUCAAUUGCAUCCGUUCUGCUGUUCACAAAGCUCCGGCCUUACUUUCUGGGAUUAAUUCAAAUCGAUCUGUUGCGAAAAAGCUUCCGAGUCCGAACCCCGAUGAAAACGUGGUUAAAUUUCCCGUUGUUUUUGCCGACUGUGGGUCGACAGCCGACAUGACAGAUGAUAAAUCUUAAGCUUUGGAGCCUCUCGAUUUUCUUUGAACUUUUGAAGAGGCAGAUCUUUAAUAGCGCACUGCCAGCUAGGCUAUAAUAUUACAUGUAGUCACGGACUGUGCUAACCGAGUGCUGAAAUACCAGGCGUUAAAUGUUUUCGAAUGCGGUUUUGUGAAUCAAAGAUCAAAUGUUUAACUUAGUGAGGUUGGAAUCUGCGAUUUCAGAUGCAUCAAAACGCAGCAGCUGCAUCGAGAUAAGGAAUUACGAGAUGCCUAAAAGAACAACAUCAAGCGAUCGAGAGAGGAAAACUUCCUCGCGAUUAUUUCGUUCCAUGUCGCUGAGUGGACGAAAACAGUCCAGUAAAGAACAGUCAGCGAACGACGAGAAAAGGAAUUCGACAAUCUCUAUUUCUGAAACUGAAAAGGUGACCAUAUUGAUGGACCAUAACGCUCAGCUCAUGGACGAGAAAAACAGAGCUGUGGAUGAGUGUGAUAAAAUGAACAAGGACCUCCAAGAUGCGAACGAUAAGUUGAAAGACGCCGAGCGAGAGAUUGAAAACUUGAAAGAACUGUUGAGCACGCGGAUUAAACAGGAAUUCGAUAAUUGCGAGACAGAUGGCAACGAGAAAAGAACGCGAAUCUCUUUCAGUGAUCUUGAGUUAGAACCCGUGCAAUCGAAAGGCAAUAAAGUAAUUUUUCCCUCCAAAGUUGAACAUCUUGAGACGACCAUUGAAGCGAACGCCGUUCCGCUUCAAAAGACUACUUCAUGUAAGGAGUGUGAACGUUUAAAGGAGUCGCGAAUCAAAGCUUUUGUGGAGGCCAUUGCGCUGAGGAAAUACGUUAAGAACUUGAACGACGCACUGUCGGGCGGAGAGGCGAGCAAGCAAAACUUUUUGAACGAUGUGCAGAAGAAACUCAUUUCGGCACAAACGGAGAAGGAGGUAGCGUUAGAAGAACUUGCAACUGUUAUUGAUCAGCGGAAUCAGGCAGUACAAGAAAAGGACAAAGCGCUCGAGGAAUGGGGCAAAGCUACGAGUAAAUGGGAAACCACUCUGGAUCAAUUAGAUUCCCUUGUAAAAGAACUAAACAAGGUAAAAUCAGAGCGCGAUGAUUUAAACAAGAAACUAAAGCGUAAAGAAGAUGCCUUAGAGAGAAUACAACAAGAGACAUCAUUGUUAAGUGAACAGGUUGAAGUAACGAAACAGGACGAAGAUGAUUCUAUGGUAGAACAAGAUGCUAUUUUAAGAGACAGAUUUGGAAAUGCAGAUUCUGUUCGGAGAUUAAGCACAGAACUUACUAAGUCACAACAAAGAAACAUUGAAAUGGACGCCCGAGUGACAUCACUGGAAGAGAAAUCAGAGACUUAUAAGAGAGAAAGAGACCAUGCUAAAGAACAGUGGAGACAAUCAGUGAAAGAAAGGAAAAGACUACAUCGCGAGAUUGCCAGCAUUGUUCAAGCUAGGGACGAAGCAAUACAGAAAUGCUUUUCUACGGCAGAACAAUUAGAGAAGUUGAAAGAGGAAUAUAAUCACUUGUUGAACCGGUUGGCAAAAACCGGUUUGAGUGCAAAUAACUCCAGUGAACUGUCUAUUCCGUGCUCGCUCAAGGAAUGCAAGUUUUGUGCGGGUGAUUCAGCUGAAGGCCUAGAGUCUCCAGACACAUCAUUCACGGAAAGUGAAGAGAUCCGAGUGACUUUAGAAAAGGAUGAUCCACUUGACUCUAUCAAGUUGGCCAGAGUUUCUCUGAGUGGCAGGCCGUAUACUGCCAUCAUAGAUAUUGACAAGGCUUUUGGUAACUCGAGGAACAUCAGAAAAUAUGACGAGAUUGUGUCCAUCAACGAUAUCCCAGUAACUGAGUCAGACCAAAACCUCGUGAAAUCCUUGCUGGAUGGAGCUGUUUCCACUCUCACUAUGGUUCUCAAGCGGCCUGUAGGUACUUAUCAGAUAAGUUUUGACUUGGAUCUCAAAGCUCCCAAGAAAUCAAAAGCUGGUCUUGGUUUUGAGUGUGGAUUGUAUGUAAAAAAUCUGAAGCAUGGAUUUAUUUCCGAGGACCAGAACAACCUGAAAGUUGGAGAUUACGUUAUGAAGAUCAAUGGGAAACAUCUUGAUAAAAUAAUCGGUUCGUCGGUGGAUAAAGUCACCAAAAAGUCUGGCGACAAACUGAAACUUCACGUGACAAGAACGAUCCUGGCCAUGCCGAAAAACUGCGAGUUAAAGCCUGUCAGCAUCACGGACUCCGAAUCCGACACUGUCGUACUGAGACAACUUCCUCGCUGCAACGGAGACAACCGCCUGUCACUCAUAUCGAAUGACAGCUCAAUGUCACGUGAUUCAAGAUUUUCUUGUAACUCAAGCAUGGGCUCGAUGAGCUCUAACAAUGACUCGUCUCUCGCCGACUCGAACUCGGAUCUUUACGGAAACAAAUUCUCCGGGUAUGGACUGCACAUGGCCGACAGACAUCGCACGGCCACAGCUGUCUACAGUCCCUCUUCUGACUCUCAACUAGAGACCAUUGUGGCAGACGAUUGGCCGGACGCGAGGACGGAGAACGGUUCUCAGGAUAUAUCGGACGCUAAAGAGAGCGAUUCUUGCGAUCACGGCACCUUAAAACCGAACACUCGCUCGCCCAUGAACCGAAAAUUCGUCAGCACCUCGCAAUUGCAGUCGGGAACGUUUCUGACGCCUGCAAGUGUCGACGGAACUUUGGUUCGAACCCAGUCUACCAUCACUGCUGUUCGAGUGGACGAUGAUGGAUUGAACUCAGGCUUAUUAAGGUCUCAGCCUACGUGUGGAACAGUAAUGCCCUCUGGGAAGAGUCCUCGAGUGAUGCGCCUCGAAAAGAAGCCGUUGGAUGGCCUGGGUCUGGAAGUUUCCGGCGGUUACCGCGUCGGCAUCUACGUCAUCGAGCUGCAGGAUAACUCAGUUUGUAAAGCCGCUGGCCUGCAAGUUGGGGACAGGCUCCUGAAGCUUAACAGUUAUGACCUGACUAGGGCGACCCUGGACCACGCUACGAGGAUUGUUCGGCUUCUAAGCACGUGUACAUAUCUUAGAAUUGAGGCCCAGCUAGUAUCAAAUUAUCAAGAAAUCCUUGAAGACAAACCUUACGAUUCACUUUAUGUCAGGACUAUCCAUCCAUAUAAGGCCAUGGCACCGGAUGAGCUAAGCUUCACUGUUGGAGAAACAUUGCACGUAAUCAACACGCGCGCAAACUAUGAUCAGGCGAGACAGAGCUGGAAGUGGGUGGCUCAGCGUGCGAGGAAAGAUGGGAAGGUUCUAGAGGAAGGACUGGUACCUUGUAUGGGGAGUAUUCCAGAACAUGUGGAGUCCGCGGUACUAUCCCAAACCCUUCAACGGUUUGAGUCAGAAUCAGAGGAACAGAUGAGCGACGACGCGCCAAGCACGCUGAAGAGAACGUCAACAGAACGACGCAGCAUCAUACAGAGAUACCGCAAACUUAUGAGACGCGAGAGCAGGGACUUUCCCAACAACACGGACGAAAAUGGUAACUCGAACAAAGUGAUGUUCUACGAAAUACUGAGCAAGAUUUCCGACUGAUUUGUCCAUGACGCUCGACAGACAUUCGACUGAUCACACCUCAGUGGGAGUGUAACCAGUGGGACAAUCGAUGAUGAUCCGGAAUUCUUUGAGAAUAAUCGCGUUCCAUCGUGCAAUGUCGGUUUAUGGUCGGUAGAUAUUCACGAAUACCAAGUGCUCUUUCGUAAACGCGAUAACGAUCGACGAAAUAUGUAGCUACCUUAACAUAAUUGUGUUGAAGACUACAUUUAUAACUGCGUUAGCUAUAUUUUGCAUGAGACGACUACUCGGGGGACUCUCAUACGGACGGGGGUGCUGGUCGCAAAUUUUGAAAAGCCCUAAGAGGUACCAAGAUUCUGUUUUGUGGGCGCGGCUUGAUAUUGUUUUCCACCCGUAAGAGUUACCAAUUCAAAAACAACACAUUAACUGACACUUCCAUAAUUUUCAAAAGCGAUAAAGACGAUUGCUUCGAAUACCUUCUACUCGUAAAGUUGAUUGUCAGAUAUCUCCUGUCAUAUUUUAUUCUGCACAAUACCCUAAAAGGUACCGCGAAAGUUCCCCGCUGUGGACCUUUUGAGG